AUGAACGAAUGUCGCCCUCUGCAUAAAAAAAUUGUUAUUGAUGGCCAUGAAUGGACGGUGCCCAAUGAACCUGGUUGGGAAGAAAUUUUACAAGUAGUUGAACCAAUGCGUCAUCAAUUGUUAGCGAAUUGUGCUACAAGUCGUGAAUGUCGGUUAGCUGCUGAACAACUACGUAAAAUAUUUUUGCAAUAUCCUGUUUCGUCGAAAUAUUACGAUGAUUCCACGCAGACUGAUAACGCUAAACAUAAUCCCAAUUUAAUUUUUAAAUGGGGAUAA